GUCCCGCCGGCUGCUGGCUCUCCUGCCGCGGAAAUGCUCCGUCUUCCAGCUCUUCUUCGCGGCGCUGCUCCUGGGCUUUGCCUCACUGCUGUGGCUGCAGCUCAGUUGCUCAGGCGAUGUGGCCCGUCAGGGCCGCGGGGCAGCGGCCCCCAGCCCCCUGAAGCCCUGCCCCCCGGAGUCCCGGGCCUCAUGGGCUGAGGACCCGUCAUGGGGCCCCCACCGCCUGGCGCUGCUGGUCCCCUUCCGGGAACGCUUCGAGGAGCUGUUGGCUUUUGUGCCCCACAUGCAUCGCUUCCUCAGCAGGAAGAAGAUCCGCCACCACAUCUUCGUGCUCAACCAGGUGGAUCAUUACAGGUUUAACAGAGCAUCUCUGAUCAACGUCGGCUUCCUGGAGAGUGGCAACGACACCGAUUACAUUGCCAUGCACGACGUUGAUCUCCUGCCCCGCAACGAGGAGCUGGACUACGGCUUCCCGGAGGCAGGGCCCUUCCAUGUGGCAUCGCCAGAGCUGCACCCGCUGUACCACUACAAAACGUAUGUGGGCGGCAUCCUCCUGCUCACCAAGCAGCACUACGAGAUGUGCAAUGGGAUGUCCAACCGCUUCUGGGGCUGGGGGCGAGAGGAUGAUGAGUUCUAUCGCCGGAUCAAAGGAGCUGGCCUCCAGCUUUUCCGCCCCUCGGGAAUAAAGACUGGAUACAAGACCUUCCAGCACCUGCACGACCCAGCCUGGAGGAAGCGAGACCAGAAGCGCAUUGCUACCCAGAAGCAGGAGCAGUUCAAGGUGGAUCGGGAGGGGGGCCUGAACAAUGUGAGGUAUCGGAUUGAGUCCCAGACGGCGCUGAGUGUGGCUGGAGCUCCCUGCACUGUCCUCAAUAUCCUGCUGGACUGUGAUGCCAGCAAGACCCCCUGGUGCACGUUCAGCUGAGCAGCCUGCCAUGCUGAGAUGCCCAGGGACUGCAGCGGGGCCAUUUGGAGCAGGGCAGGUUCGCUGCGGCAGCUGAGCGCGAGGGCUGGAGCAUGGAGGCGACAGACUGGAAGAGGGCUGAGGAGCCAGCCCAGCUCCUCGGUCGGUGCAGCUGGAAGGGCAGAGCUGAGACCGAGACGCUGUGGCCCCCAGCACAGAUGCCGCUCCCUCCUUGCGCUGGCCAUGGCAGAGCCACCUCUGUGCUCGAAGGGGACAAUAAAGACCCAUCAGGACCAUGUGAUAUCAAUGCACUGAGCCUCGCCCUGCUUUCCAUGCCAGUGCCCAUCUGCCAGCCUUGGUCAGGCACCAUUUCUGCUCCUCGCUCCCUUGCUCUCCUACUGCUCUGUGAUUCCAAGAGGAAGCAGGGACGGAAGCCAGGCUGUGAGUGUCUGCAGGAGGCCAGUCACUCGGGAGGCUCACAAGAGAGGUUUGGUUGAUGCAGUGGGGCCCAGAACCCCAUUAACACGGGCUGGGAUUUCAACAGAGAAUGGGACGUAUUGGCUACAAUACUGCCCAGAACUUCCCAUUCCCCUUCAUGUGGCUUCUAGGUCCCGCUGCCCACCCCUGCUUUCUGUGGAGUAAGGUCAUGUUUCUGUUGAACCCCAGCUCGUGAGCAUGUCACUGCUCACCGGCUGCAUCCGCCCAGAGCACCAGCAGUGCCAGUGCCACUUCCCACAGUACACACCAUACCCCAGCCUUCUCCAUGGGGCUUGAGUGAAUAUCUGAUGCCUUGGCCUCUAGUGCCCCCUUCUCUCCUGGCCCUGCCCUCUCCCAGCUCUAGUUAGGAAAUCCUGCACCGUGUUUCCCUGGAAUGUAAUGGCUGCUCAUUUGCUGCAGUGGUGGCAUUAAAGCCAGUGGAGCCAUG